AUGACUGAUCCUUUUCAUAAUCUACAAAAGUCACCUACGUCGAAACCCAUAGGUGAUUAUCAUCGCAGUCAAGGUCAUAGAAAUGGUGGGCUGAUCGAUAUACUAGGUUCAUCCAAAUCCAAUCCUCCUCCUCCUCCUGAACACUUAUCGGAAUUCUAUUCAUUAGUAAAUAAAAUACCUUUAGCUUCUCCAUCUACAUUAUCACCUACUCAUAGUAAUAUCCUGAUUACAAAACCAUCACCAGCAUUCUCCAAUUCAAGUAGUAAUCAAGUGAAAAGACAACCUUCGUUAAAUACAUUCACCUCAUUUUCUCCAUCGGUAUUGGAUUUACCUGAUAUAGUUACCUCCAAAGAUUUCCAAACUUCAAUUGAAACAUAUGAGAAUGUGAUUCAAAAAGCAGCUAAAUUAAGACAAGUCUUACAAACAGUUAGUGAAGUAGCUAAUGAAUUUGGUGAAGCUCUUGAAGAUUGUAUUAAUAAAAACCCCAAGAUCAAUAAUCCCAAAUUAGUUCAUGAUGGAUUAAUCAAUGCAGCAGGAUUACAAUAUAUGAUGGGAAGUAAUCAACAAAUCUUAAGUAGAUUGAUUGAAAGUAGUUAUGAAGUGCCAUUACGGGAUGAAUUAAAUAAAUUAAAACAACAUUAUAAAUUAAAUCAUUCCUAUUAUCAAACUGAAAUCAAAUUAAAAUCAAAAUUAUUACGAACACAAGAAUUAGAGAAUUUAAAACUUUCCAAACAGAAAACUCGGAAUUUAAAUAUUUAUAAACAUAAUUUAUUAAAUUUAACUAAUCAAUUAGAUGAAAUUGAUCGAUUGAAGUAUGAUUAUUAUCAUGAGAUAAAUUCGAUAGUGACGAAAUUCAAUCAAGAUCAUUUAUUAAUCAAGACAGGGUCAUUGAUACGAGCUCAAUUGGAGAUUUCAGAAGGUAUAGCCAGAAAGGGAUGGUCUGGUGGAGGAUUGGAUGAUUUAUUAAGUAUUUCGCCGGAUUUAUUCGAAGUUAAUUAUAAAGAUGAUGAAGAUAUGGAUGAACAAAAACAGAAUGAAGAGCAUGAUGUGAUUGAUGAUGAUAAUGGAGAUGGGUUAGAUGAUGAGGAACUAAUAGAUGAUGAUACUCUUGAGACGGUUAAAUUCACUCAUACCAAUAAUAACAACAAUAAUAAUAAUAAUUUCCAACCAUUGAGUCACCCUGAACCUAUUCAUACCAAGAAUAUAGCGAUAUCAACCACUACAACUACCGAAAAUGUCUUGUCGAAAUUAUUAAUCUCAACUCCAACUCCAACUCCCCAAGAAGGUAAUUCGAAACAAAAUGCUGCGGGAGUAUUAACCAAACUUAAUGAUAAUAGUAUGGAUGAAUCCUUCUCAUUGCCGAUGGUGAAUAAUACAAUUGGACUGCUGAAGAAUAAACUUAUAAAAGUAGACCAAGAGGAGGAGGAGCAGAAUGAAGAAGACGACGACAACGACGACGAUGAAGGUAUCGAGAGGGAUGCUAUAAUUAAUAAGGACAAUAUAUUAGAUGAUUUACAAAAUGACUCUUAA